UUCUGCCCCAUCCAUCCAGUCAACUCAAAGGACAAACAAACCACAGCUCUUCAACCUUCCCACCACCCUCAACCACUCCUCGGGCUCGUAGCUACCCACCCUCCCAACUCCCUCCGUCAAUUUACUUCCACCUUCCAGGCGGUCCUGUCAAUUUCCAUCCCUUUCAAUUCACACACUGUUCACGGUACGACCUUUACCUAGGCUCUAUACCAGGACUUCCCAAGUUUCCCUCAACUUACCACGCACGUCUCGAUACUUGUUCGUGUCAUCAACUCCCGUAAACUUCAACCUCAAUCAUGUCCGCCCCAGUCGAUAGUGUUACCGCCCAGAUGGCCACUACCUCCCUCACCGACAAUAAUGCCGCUACCACCGACAACGCUAGCACUCAACCCACCGCAGCCGAGAACGAGGCUGUUCUUGCCAGCGCCGCUGAGGGCAGGAGACUUUACAUUGGAAACCUCGCAUAUGCGACCACCGAGGGGGAGUUGAAGGACUUCUUCAAGGACUACCUCGUCGAGUCUACUACCAUCCCCACCAACCCCCGCACCUCUCGUCCCGUCGGAUAUGCCUUCGUUGCUCUCUCGACUCCCACUGAGGCAGAGCGUGCCAUCGCUGAGCUGAACGGCAAGGCCAUCCUUGACCGCAAGGUCUCCAUCCAGCUCGCUCGCACUCCCGAGGCUCACGCCGAGGGCUCUGGCAGCGGUGCCGAAGGUACCAGCGGUACUGAGCACCGUCGCCGUGCUUCCACUCGCGGACGUGGCCGCGGACGUGGCCGUGGUGCCCGCGCUGGACGUGGUGGACGUAAGGCCGAUGGUGCUGAGGGCGCCGAGACUACUGAGGGUGAGGCCGCUGCCACUGACAGCACACCCGCAGCUGUUCUUCCCUUGACCGAUGCAACAAACGAUGCAUCCGCCGAGAAGGGCGCUGAGAAGAAGAACCUCCCCCCACGUGAGCGCAAGCAGCGUGGACCCCCCGAGGAUGGCGUUCCUUCCAAGACCAAGGUUAUGGUCGCCAACCUUCCUUAUGACCUCAAGGAGGAUAAGCUCCUCGAGAUCUUCAAGGACUACCAACCCACCACCGCUAAGAUCGCCCUUCGUCCCAUUCCUCGCUUCAUGGUCAAGAAGCUCCAGGCUAGGAACGAGCCCCGCAAGGGCCGUGGUUUCGGCUUCGUCACCCUUGGCUCUGAGGAGCUCCAGCAGAAGGCUUGCGCCGAGAUGAACGGAAAGGAGAUUGAGGGACGUGAGAUCGCCGUCAAGGUCGCCAUCGACUCUCCCGGAAAGGAGGAUGACCACCCUGAGGCUGCUACCGAGGGUGAGGAGGCCGCCGCUGCCCCUGCAGCCACUGAGGCCCCCGCCGCUACUACCACCGAGACCCCCGCUGCCACGACUACGGCUUAAGAGAUUUGCCAGUCUGGUCAGCAAGUAGGAGAUGGAGCUGCGUUCUGACUUUGUGUCGAGCCUGAUCCUGCCUGCUUAAGAUAUGAGUUCGGAUGGGGCAAUUUGGAGUUGCCGACACAUAUUUUCAUUACCUGCUAGACAUCUUUGGGCCUGGUUUACUUAGUCGUGAGUAUAGGAUCGGAAAAGUGAAUCGGAGUCUAUGGUCCCGGCAGGACCUGGGGUAUGGUAGGCCGGAUUACUGAAACUUUGUCUUAAAUUACCCUAAAAGAUCUACAUAAUCUCGACUCAGUCUAGCAUUUCAAUAAUGCAAGAACAUGGUCAUG